AUGCAACAAGAAACCCAUGGAGUUUUGCAGACAGAAUCCCCAAAGAGUCGUUUCAAAUGUCAUAAAUGCAGAGCUGACUUUUCCAACACAUCCAAUCUGAAGAGGCAUGAGAAAAUGCAACAUGGCUUGGAGCAACCUAUGCUUUGCAUAGAUAAAAAAAAUGCACUAUACGUCACACCAAAGGAACUACAUGGGCCAAGAGUGCCAGUCCAUGUCAAGAAAUCUCUACUCCUAGGACAAAUAUACUGUGAGUCAGAUAUUUGCAGAGACAUGGCAAAGAUAGCAGCCCAGAGUGGACACCCUGGAACUGAAUGCCACCACCUUCGAAGAACUAUCUCCGCACAACGCUACAUUCCUCCACAAACAAUAAACUCUGCAUCUUUGGAGCAAAUGUUAGACAAAGGACUAAUUUCAAAGUCAAGAGCCCAGGAAUGUAAGGACUUGCAUUUGAAGGCCAGUGAAGAGGAGGUUGAUUGUGUCGUACCUAUUUUUUGGGGGGAAUAUGGCCUGUCACAGACUUACAUUUACUUUUCAGUAUUUACUAACCUCAAAGACAACUGGUGUCAGCUUGGGCGAACAAUUGUGACAUUUGACACAAUGUCUGGUAGAUGGCACUGUCAAUGUAGGGGCAGUAAACACAGAGUGAGUUGUGUCCACAGACACGUAUGCAUGUGGUGGAUAUUCCAGGAGCGUCCAUCAUUACUGAGAGAACAUUCAAAUGCAAGUCCUGAAGAAAUAGAGGACCUUGAGGAGAAAGAUCAAGAGAGGGAUGAUGAAUCAAAACCAUCAAAUGAGACAGCAUCAGCAGUGAUUAAAAUUACAGAGUACUUUUUGAGGUGCAAGAGAAUUCCAGAAAAUCUUCCACAAGACCUCAUAUUAACGGAAAUGACGAUACCUGAAAGCUUUGUGCCUAAAGAGACACAAUGCCCUUACUGCCCCGGACCAUGCUACCCUGACCUCAGUGAAGCAAUCCUGAAGACAAAGCAUGCAACCAUUUAUGCUUUGUUUUCUGUGCACAGAGGUAUGUGUAACACUUAA